UUAGUAGAUUAUAUUUAUACUGGUGAAUUGAUAAUGACAAAAGAAAAUGUACAGGUAUUGUUACUAGCAGCAAACAUCUUACAGUUAGAUUUUGUUAUUGAUGCAUGUUCCGAGUUUUUACAAAAACAACUGGAUGCAUCAAAUUGUCUUGGCAUCAGAGCGUUUGCUGACUUACAUAACUGUACGGAAUUGUUAGCGAGUUCUGAAACAUUAAUAAAAAAACAGUUUCUGGAAGUGGUUAAAAGUGAUGAGUUCCUAUCUUUAUCAUCCGAAGAUGUGGUUAAGAUUAUCUCCAGUAAUGACCUUGCUGUUCCAUAUGAAGAAAAAGUAAGCUGACUGCAAUGUUAGUAAUUAUUGUACGGAAAGUCAACUAAACACAAAGAGCUAACAAAUAAAUACAUGACUCUUUCAUUGAAUAUUGA